GUGCUGGGGUUGGUUCAACAAACUCCCAGUCUCAUAUUUUCCUCUCAGCACCGUUCAACAGCAGCCUUGGUGGAUUAGUUGUUGUUCUCUUUAAAGUAGGGAGUGUUUAUGUUCUGCUGUGUGGGAAAACAUUGUUUUGUUUUUAAAGAGAAGGACACCAGGGAAAUGACAGGGGAUUUUCUGCAAAUGGAACUGAGAAGGACACUGGCGAAGAGCAUGUUGUGGAUUUUAUGUUGUUUGGCAUUAGGUGCUGAACCUGUUUAACAUGACUCACAGAUCGACAGCGGCAAAGACUAGAAGUGAUAACCAUUUGAGCAUAAAGGAUUCGGAAUCCUUUGACACCUACAUACAGAACACACUUUCAGCUCUUUACCCGCCAUUCGAAGUCACUGCAGCCACUGUCCUGUGGCAGCUGUUCCACGUGGUGGAGAAGUCGUAUCAAGGGGACGGACUCCGUUGCCUAAUCGACUUCCUGGUUCCCGCCAAGAGGAUCCUUCAGCGCAUUCAGCAGGACACAUGUGCCAGGUAUGCAGGCGUCAUCUUCCGUCAUGAAGGCUGGCCAUUGUGUGUCCAUGAAAAGGUGGUGGUGCAGUUAACAUCUCUCCAUAAGGUCCCUCUCAAGGCUGGAGACUUUUACAUUCAGGUAGCACCACAGGGGAACCAAUCCGCAAAACUGGUGCUGAAAUGCCUUUCCGCAAAUGGGCAGUCAGUGGAAGAGGUCCUUGUUCCCGAGGAUGUCUAUGCAAAGCUCUUCACCGCGGAGUUUCUGGAGAAUGUGAGCCGUGAGCGUGAGUUUUCCCUGCACAGCUGCCUUUUAACGAGCGGCACGCUUGUCCUCCGCGUGCGCUGGGAGAACGUCAUUAACCCUGUGUUUGUCAACAGGCCCAAAACCGAGCCGGCCAACUCACAUUCCGGCACAAACCGCCGCGACCAGAUCGCGGCUGCCACGGAGAAGAUGCCGCAAAUGACAAAAAGCAACAACCUGCCGGAUCACUGCAGUCCCACUGAAGCAGUGGUUCCAAUGGAAAAAACAGCAAUUUCGGAGGGUAACAUGGACUGUGGGAUCCACCUGUCCGAGAACAUGCAACCUUUUGGAACUUGCAUCAAACAGGAAGCUGCCAAGGGGUUGAAUGAAGGAGACAACUCAUUGUUUUGCCCAAGUUUUGACAGCACUGACAUAAUCCCUUUACUGAAUUUAGCUCAACCCACUCCACUUCCUGAUGAGGCCCCGACAGUUAACAAUGAAGUGUUGGUGGUUCCCAGCCCUGAGACCAGGGUUACUACGAAAGUUUUAACCUUUGCCACAGACUUGAGCAGCCCUUGUCAAAAGAGGAAGCAGCGGCGAGAUUCAAUGUACCUCGAAACAAGACGCUUGUUUAGGAAAUCGUACAUGGAGGCUUUACAGAAUCCGAUGCAACUGGGCUUCAACUCCGAGGGGUCCAUAGCUGAGGAGGUGUUGGAGCAUAAAACUGAGGUGAUCAGUAAUGGAAACUUAAGGAUAUUUACCAAGAGACACAGUGAAAAGAUGAACCAAAAGCAGGAUCCACAUGUCAGCGGCUCGGAAAGUAAAGUAGAGACCGAAGGGGAUAAAAGCACCCAGAUCUGCCAAGACCCAUUUGGGCCUGUCACGUUGCAAGAUCAAUCCUCCACUCCCAGCAGUCGAAUAUGUCGCAGAAGAUCCAAGUCUUUGGACAUGGCAUAUAAGAGCUUUCAGGAUAAAGCUUUAAAGACGCGAUUCUCUUCCGGUGAUUCCUCAAGAAAAAAGGUAUCAAAUGGCCAUGCAGUAGAAAUGGAUAAGUUGUCUUCUGACUCGUAUCUUACCGAUGGUGGAAGCAUCCCCAAGACUCCAGCAGGUUGCUCUCAGAGCGGUGUGGCUGGGACAGACAGGAGGGGCAGCUGCCACACGGAUUUAACCCAGACGCUGGAGUCCACAGAGACCACCCCCUCACCAGCGUGCCCUCAAACCACAGUGCAGUUCCAACGCAACGCCCAAGUCUGCAGCAGCCUCCCUGCCACGGCUGCAGAGGUGAACCUGGACCUGUUGCAUUCGGGGAUCGCUCAGUUACCAGGGAACAGAGACAAAGUUGGCCGAGCUGUAAUCCAGAUCUGGACACACAACAUAAUCUGGUUGAAUCAAAAUUAUCCCAGCAUAGAACUGACCAAUCUACUGGGGUAUUACUUCACCAUUCCCAGGAAGGAUGUGCGGGAACUUGGACUGACCAUAUUAGUAGAUGCUCGCAGAUGUCCACCCGCACCCACCCUCUUCAAAGCUUUUACUGCACUCCAGAUUGCCGUGCCAAAUUCCAUCAAUUCAGUCUUGGUUUUAGUGGAACGAGAAUCGACGUUCAGACCCGAAAGAGAUCCACUUGUUCAGCAUGAAGUAGUGACGUCACUGAAGGCUCUACACAGACACAUCGAUGGCUGUCAACUGACACAGGAGUUUUCGGGCACCUUUCCUUACGAUCACAAUGACUGGAUCCGUUUCCACAUGAAGUUGGAGCCAUUCAUGAAAAGUUGCCGCGGGGCGCUAAUCUACUUGAAGAAUUCCAUCAACUCUCUGAACAUCAGCAGAAUGCCGACCACAGCACAGGAAGUCAUUGAGCUCCUCAACCAGCACACAAGGAUAAUGAAAUGUGUGCUGGAAGACUCCCGGCUAGUAGGAUUGCGCCUGGAAGGUGGGACCGUCCUUGCCAGGAUUCGAAAAGAUGAAUUCUGUGACACUGAUGAUUACAGGAAUGCUAUGGACACUGUCACAAUGCUCUACAAUCAGGUGGAUGAAGAAGUCCAUAGAUUGGUCAAACUCUCCAAUGAGUGCUUGCAGCACCUACAAAUCCAUUUGGGGCUGAAAAAGAUAGAGGAAGGAAGUACGAAGAUACAACAUUGGGCUGAGAGUGAGGGAAAAAAGCAUUUUGAUCAAAUAGAUUGUUUGCCACAUUCUCUGGAAGCAUUGAAACAAAAGCAGGAGGAAUAUAAUACCUUCUACAUCCUGGCUGUGCAACAUUACAAAAGAGGAAUGCAGCUGAUUAAAGAUGCUGGCCAUCUGAACAAUCAGUCACACAACGAGUUGCUGCAUUUGGAAGAAAUAAUUAAGGAAUUCAAGCAAUUUCUGAGUAACUUCAUCAGCAAACUAGAAAGGCAGAGAACGGAUAUGGACAACAUAGUUAAUUUGUAUGAAUUUUAUGAGACGGCUGAUCAGUGGAUCUUGCACUGCAGUGAUUAUCUAAGGCAACUGAAAGUAAGUGAGCAAAGCACUUUGUUGGACACCACCACUAUGGUCCAAAAUCUGGAAAGAUAUCACCAAGAGGCCACCAAAUUCAAUGCAGAAAACUUUGAGACAUUGAAUGAGAUGGUUCAUGCCCUUGGUAGUGCUCGGGAGCUGAAGCAGUGGAACGUGCAGUGGAUGAAGUGCCAACAGACCAGGCACCUUUUAGAGGAGGUGCUGGCUGCAGCACUCAGAGUCCAGGAGAGCCAGAGCAGCAACCUAGGCCCCACAGUACACUCGGAGGAUGAAGGGCCCAGGACAAGUGGUGAAUUUGACACGGAAGGAUCAGAUGAACUCGGAGAUUCUCCAAGCCAGAAAAGCACCGAGACUUUACAGAACGGGGUUUGGCCUGAUGGCACGAUGCAACUGCAAAAAGAGGGUCAGGAUUUAAUGGCAGUGAACGGCUCCAUAACAUCAGGCUAUAAAGAGCUCGGCCAAAAUGGUGACCCUCCGUAUACGUGCAGCACGUCCCCUCCCUCCUCGGCCCCGGCUUGCAGUCGGACCCAAGGGAGUGAGUUCUACUUCAAAGACAUUGACAGCUGUACGGAGACCUCCUCUGCCAUGUCCUGUCACUCUGAGCCCCCUAGCUCACCGGGGCCCCGACACAAAAAGCAUCCGUUGAAAAAGAUCAUGAGGAAGACUCAAAGCACUGAGCUGUGGCAGCGAGAGAUUAGCCCGAGCGAGGCGGGCCGGCACGGCAACACCGGCGUUUACAUCAAGGGGCUGGAGGUGGUCAGCAGCGUGGUCGCUGACAAAAAUCGAAUUCCCAGGUCAGAGCUGAAAAGCCCGGCGUUGAUCAGGAGGCACAGCUUAUCAGAAUCUUCCAGGAUCCAUCAUUCCCAGACGCAGGAUUCCAAGAACACGACCAGCAAGUUGCAACACAUCAUGGAAGAAAUGAUUGGCACAGAGAGGGAGUACGCCAAGUCCCUUGGAUACAUCAUAGAUCAAUACUUCCCGGAGAUGGAGAGAAUCGACCUGCCUCAAGAUCUGCGCGGAAAGCGUAACACCAUAUUUGGGAAUUUGGAAAAGCUGUAUGAUUUUCACUGUCAGCACUUUCUGAAGGAACUCGAACACUGUACAAACAGUCCUCUUCGAGUCAGCCACUGUUUCCUCAGACACGAAGAGCAAUUUCGGAUGUAUGCACUAUACAGCAUGAACAAACCACGGUCUGACAGUCUGCUCGCGAGUCACGGAAACACUUUCUUUAAAAAUAAGCAGCUGGCACUUGGCGACAAGAUGGACCUGGCCUCCUACCUACUGAAGCCCGUCCAGCGGAUGAGCAAGUACGCACUGCUGCUGAAAGACAUGAUCAAACACUGCAGCAAAACACAGGAGCAGGAGUUCAACGAUCUCCAAGCAGCUGAGGAGAUGGUGAAGUUUCAGCUCCGUCAUGGGAAUGACCUGCUGGCGAUGGAUGCCAUUCGUGGAUGCGAUGUGAAUCUUAAAGAGCAAGGACAGCUUAUGUGUCAGGAAGAAUUCGUCAUAUGGUGCGGGCGCAAAAAAUAUCUGCGGCACAUCUUCCUCUUUGAGGACCUUAUUCUCUUCAGUAAAACAAAAAAGAUCGAAGGAGGAUACGACGUCUAUGUUUACAAACUGUCAUUUAAGACGGCCGAGAUUGGAAUGACCGAGAACGUUGGAGAAAGUGGGCUGCGUUUUGAGAUCUGGUUCAGGAGAAGGAAAUCUCAGGACCUUUAUAUCUUUCAGGCCAGCUCUGCUGAGGUUAAGUUAACCUGGACGAAUGUCAUAGGAAAAAUCCUGUGGCGCCAAGCCCUCAGAAACCGAGAGUUGAGGAUGCAAGAGAUGGUAUCCAUGGGGAUCGGUAAUAAACCAUUUAUGGACAUCAAGCCCAGUGAGGCUGCCAUCAGCGAUCAUGCAAUUGAUUACAUCAUGAAGGGUACAGAAACUAGAACAAGAGCAUCUAUUGCUGUGACUCCAUUCGACCACUCCAUUUCCUUCAAGAGGCCUCAUUCCACCAUAUCCAAUAGCAGCACCUCAUCUUCGAGCAGCCAGUCAUCCUCCUCCAUUCUAGGGACUCUCAAUCUUCAUGUGUACUCGAGCCCGAUGCAUGCUGGUCUGCAUUUGACACCUUUCAACCAGUGGUCCUCUGAUAUUGGCACGUGCAUCGAAGAAGAUGAAUUGGAGCAAGAUGCAGGGAGCCAACCCUCUAUAAUCACAGAGAGCUCGGAGACCUCUUCACUAUGCACUUCGGCAGAAAGCAUCAGUGGCUCAACUCUCAGCUAUGUGCACCAGCUUUCCACAGAGACAUUUUCUGAUGAGGCACCUAAUCCCGACUCGAACAAGGCUUGCCAUUAUUCAUCUCCAAAUCUUUCUCCGAAGAUGCAGAGGGCCAAGCAGGCAAAGAACCAAUAUAUAACUGCGUGUAAAGUCUCCCAUGUAUCAAUAGGCUUCUCAACACUGGUUUAACUUGCAAGUGUUUCCAAAGAUAGUUCACUCUGAAUGGACAAUUCCACAAACUAUCUUACAUGCCCAGUGAAGAAGUCUUUUUCACAUUUGAGGCAGUAGACUGCUUGUUGUAAGUUGUUGCUGCAAUGGACGUUAAGUACCCCACAAAGGAGCCGCUAUGUAUUUCUCAAAAUGCAAAACAGAACGAAUGAUUGAGAUAAUGUGCAUGAGUAUUUGGAUGUCUGAAAAGGACAAUUACUCAUGGGAUAUCCCUCCUUGCAUUAAUAAAGGACAUUAAAAAUGUGCCCAAAUGAUAAAUGGGAAGUAACUAGAGUAUAUGUAUAUAUAAGUAUAGCUAUGGUUAGUUUUUUAUAGCUUAUUUUUAAACUUUUAUAUUUCAUUCUGUAAAUAAUGAGGUGCCUUUGCUGCCUGACCUAUAUUCUUGUGCAAUUUAUUGUGGCUGUACCUUUGAAACUGCAACAUUGUAGAUAUAGAUGAAUCCUUUACCAUAGCUGGUGUAUAAAUCAAAUUGUCUAGCAGUGCUAUAUUUGUGUAAAUAUUUAUUUCUUAUGUUUGGCAUUAUCUUUUUCACCAAAAAAACAUCUCUAUCCCUCUCGGUUUUCCAGAUAUUCCACACGAUUUGAUAUCUGUACUGCAAAAUUUGCUUUGUUUCUUUCACUUCCCAGCAAGAGGUCUGUGUGGUGGUGUCGGAACCUGAGCCACUGAUGAUUUGGACACAUUUGACUGGUGCACUGAACAAUGUGUGAAAAGCAGUUGCUUCCCAUGCAAUGGCAGGCAAUUAUAAUCAAGUGAUCUGAAUGUCCGAGGGAUCAAACGCUGGUGUGUUUUUAUUGAGCCAGCAGGUCAGAAACUGAGGCAAACACAAGCCUGAGUUACAAUUGCUUCUUGGUUCUGCUUGCUUUUAUUCCACUUGUUAAUGUCUUACAGUAAAUAUUCUAGUACAUGCUGUAAAUAUUCUUCAUGCCAGAUGUCCAUUGCCAUUAAAAUCCCAAACUACUUUUCUUCAUUAAUAUUCUGGAAAUAAUCCUACCCGUUCAUAUUCUUUUGAUCUUGUACAUUUGCAGCAAUAUAAACAAAUGGGUAAGCUUUGCUAUGUGACGAUUGAUGGACCUACUGCAUACGAUUGCUUGCCUAUUCUAUGGACUAAAACUGGCAGCAAAUAAAACGACCUGCUUCCUUUA